AUGAGGAUGGAAAAGCGGUCUCACAGCUCCUCCAGGGAGUCCCACAGGAGGAACAGAGAGCCCGCAGACUCACAGGGCAGGAGAGAGAAGGUGGAGAGCAGAAGAGGAGCCAGCAAGGACAGAGAGGGGCUCAAGAGGGGGAAAGCGAAAGAGGGGAAGAGCCCCACAGAGACAGACAGCAGAGUGCCGAGCUCCACGGUGGUGGACGUGGAUGAUGUAGUGUCUUUCGACGAGGAAACAGAGGUGAUGGCACUGCUGGAAAGUGAGCAGCAAGAGGAAGGGAUGACAUCUCCUGGUCGAGGUAUCUGUGAAUGGCUUCUUACCAUCUUGUCCCUUCUCUUCAUCAUAUUGACCUUCCCCAUUUCUGUCUGGUUCUGCAUGAAGAUCGUGCGGGAGUACGAGAGAGCCAUUGUGUUCCGACUUGGGCGCCUCCUUCCUGGAAGGCCCCGAGGGCCCGGCCUUUUCUUCUUCCUUCCCUGUCUGGAUACAUGCCACAAGGUAGACCGUCGCCUCAAAACCCUAGAGAUCCCCUUCCAUGAGGUGGUGACCAAAGACAUGGUUACUAUGGAAAUAGAUGCUGUCUGCUACUACCGGAUGGAAAAUGCCUCUCUCCUCCUAACCAGCGUGGCCAACCUCUCCAGCGCUGUCCAGCUGCUGGUGCAGACAACCAUGAAGCGCUUGCUGGCCCAUCGAUCCUUCAGUGAAAUCCUCCUGGAGAGGAAGAGCAUUGGCCAGGAAAUGAAGGUCACCUUGGAUGCAGUCACAUGUCGCUGGGGAAUCAAGGUGGAGAGAACAGAAAUCAACCACGUGCGGCUGCCCACUGAACUGCAGCAGUCCCUGGCAGUGGAAGCAGAGGCCCAGAGACAGGCCAAAGUGCGGGUGAUCGCUGCCGAGGGGGAGAAGGCUGCCUCUGAAUCCCUGAAGAUGGCAGCCGAGAUCUUAGCCAGCUCCCCAGCUGCUGUCCAGCUCCGUUACCUGCACAUGCUGCAAUGCUUGUCUGCCGAGAAACCUUCCACCAUCGUCCUCCCUUUGCCCUUUGACCUAAUGAAUCUUGUAUCUGCGGCUAGCCACAACUCCACGGGCAGCAGCCUUCCCACCAGCGCUCCCAAUCACCCUGAGGCUCCAAAGGACAAGAAGGACUCCCCCAUGCUAUAG